AUGGUAUUUCCAUCGAGCGUCCAGCACAAAGAAUCUGUACAUCUUCUUUCUGUUCAUCUUGUCUCCUCGGCGGCAACCUCUCCCGAUGUUGCAGAUAGUGUCAGUACAUCUUUGUCGGACGCAUCUGACUUACGCAGCCCUUUCGCACAAUUGGGGAGUGUGCGGAUAUUGCCAAGCGAAUCCACUCCCACGUACGUUUCCGCAUCGGUUUCUCCCAACUCCGAGUCAGGCCCAUAUUUUUCGCCCUCCAGCGCUUACAACUGGCAAUCAGCUACUUCGCGUAUUGAGUUGCCACGACUUGAUAUGAAAUAUCUCCGGAGUGCAUCUGGCCAACUUCCCAUCACGCCUGAUUCCCCUGUGCGCUCCUCCAAUUUUGAGAAGAGUACGGCACAUGGUCAGGAUCAGAUAGUGUAUGGGUAUCUAUCCCCAAGUGCUUCUGGUCCAAACGGCAUAGUUGUCGAAGGGAAUGUCAAUUAUGAGGGUGGAUUUGCUAGUGAUCUCUCUGGGAUGCUUCCCACGCCCAUAUCUCCCAAUACGCAAUCCGGAAGUCCGACGACCCCUGUCGACUUGACAAGUUGGAUUACUCGUAGUUAUGGCCUUGAUCCCAUAGCUGGGGGUGCUUUUGGCAACGUCUGGAAGUGUACUUACGAUGAUGGUACCAGGUGCAUCCCGGUUGCUGUCAAAGGCUUCAGAUUCCAAGUUGACAAAAAGACCUCGAAGAGACUGAGGAGAGAAAUGGGCAUUUGGAGAAGACUCAAUCACCCGAAUGUCAUGGAAUUUAUGGGUUAUGCUUUCGGCUUUGGUAUCUCGAUGGCCCUUGUUGCCCCUUGGGCUGCAAAUGGAACUUUGACCGAUUGCCUGGAGAAAUGUUGGUCGAUCAUCACUAUUGCUGAUCAACUCAGUUUGUUGGACGACAUCGUCUCUGGUCUCACUUACCUACACUCUUAUCCUAAUAAUCCCGUGACCCACGGCGAUCUCACUGGGUCUAAUGUUCUUAUCCUCGGGGACAUGACUGCAUGUAUCGCCGACUUUGGACUAUCAAGCAUGCUCGGCGACCUGCAGACUGGUUCGACGUACCUCGCAGCCACCGUUAUGUAUCCAGGCGCAGUACGAUGGACAGCUCCCGAGUUCCUCCUGUCAGAUGACGUUCAGCCGACGACGUGCAGCGACAUCUACUCCCUCGGCAGUAUCAUGCUCCAAGUCUUAUCAGGCAAAGUACCCUGGCACGAGAUCAAACGGGAAGUGAUCAUCAUACAGGAGAUUCAACAAGGAAACACCCCUCGCUGUUCGUCCCACUCUCCUCUUGUCAGUGAACUAUGGCCGUUUAUCCGCGAGUGCUGGUCGUUAUCACCAGCCUCACGACCCACGGCUGGCACCGCCCUCGAAUUUAUCCGAGACAUUAAAAUUAGAUUACUCCCAUUCCCUGUAGGUGGCCACGACGCACCUGAUUCUACCGCUGCACACCCUACAAGUAGUCCCGGUCCAUCAAAAAGGCCACGCUUGACAAUAAUUACGUAG